UUUCAGGUGUGCCAACCGUUCAGCGAAUAGCCAGUGUUACCGGUGAAGGGAAGGAUGGCGGUGAACGUGUUGGUACCCCUGCUCAUCCCACUCGGAGAACAACUCACAAAUGUGACGAAGUUGGUUGGGAGCGACCCAGUGGAGUUCGAGCGACCAGAAUAUGUCACCGAAGUACCAGAGAACACCACCAGAGAUCUACUUCUGCAACUCUCUGCCCGAGUCCAGUCUUCAGGAGUCUCGCCAGAGUUCGUGAUCAAGGAAGGAGACGAGAGGGGACACUUCUGGCUACACCCCACCACUGGAAGACUCGCCCUGCGAACUCCGCUCGACUUCGAAGCUAAACAAGAGGUGACUUUUAAGUGUUUUGACCAAGUAAUAUAAGGGCAGAUCGAAACGAGUCUUUGUUAAGUCAUCAUGCCUUGAUGAAGCUCUACAUAAGCUAAAAUAUCAUCUUGAUGAAGGCCUGAGCUCUCAGUGUCCUUUUAUUGUUCUCUUCCUUCCUUCCCUUCCCUUCCUCCUUCACUUACUUGCCUCCCUGCCUCCCUGCUUCCAAUCAUCCACCCUAUGCUUCCCUUUCCUUUCCUCCCUUCUCCCAUUAUAAACACCAUUC